UUUUUCGACGGCCGAGUUGCGGUCAUACCAUACCAUAGUAAACAAAGUUUAUUAUCAGAAUUGCUUUAAAAUGUGCUUAAUUCGCAAAAUAAGAGUGUUUUCCCUUCUAUACAAGUGAAACCUGAAGCUGAAUAACUUUAAAUACAACCAAGACCCUGCUCUGCAAGAGAAUAAGCGGUUAAAUCCACAAAUAUUGAGCAAUCAAAAUGCGAUGGCUGUACGCCUGCUUUGUGAUCCUGCUCUGCGCCUUGAUCUUCUGCGAAUAUGUGGCCGACUUUGUGGUUCUGCAAAAGUGCAAAUGGCCGGAGAUUAAGCGAAAGAAGUACGUGGACGAUCCGCUGCGAGCCAUGAUUAUAGCGGAUCCUCAUCUCCUGGGACCACAUCGUGGCCACUGGCUGGACAAGCUCUACCGGGAAUGGCAUAUGACGCGAGCUUUCCGGGCGGCAUCGCGGCUCUUUCAGCCGGAUGUGGUUUUUGUGCUCGGCGAUUUGUUCGAUGAGGGCGAUAUGGUGAGCGAUAAGCAGUUCCAGGAAUAUGUAUGGCGGUACUUGAAGAUGUUCCACCUGCCCCCGGGUAUACCGCUUAUCAGCAUUGUGGGUAACCAUGACGUCGGCUUUCACUACAAAAUGCAUCCCUUCUUCAUGGUUCGCUUCGAGAACUAUCUGAACAACUCGCUGGUGAACCUGUACACCAUCAAGCAGAUUCACUUUGUCCUGAUCAACUCAAUGGCCAUGGAAGCGGAUGGCUGUAUGUUCUGUACCCAGGCGGAGGAUCAGCUGAGGAACAUCUCGCGCACUCUCCACUGCAUGAAGUAUCCUCUGGAGGCGGAGUGCGCCCGAACGCGGCGCCAUCCCUAUAGCCAGCCCAUCCUCCUCCAGCACUUUCCCACAUACCGGGUCUCGGAUGCCGCGUGCCAGGAGCAUGAUGCUCCCUUUAUCGAGGGCUUUCGCGAGCGCUUCCACGUUCUGUCCAAGGAUGCCACGGACAUGCUGGGUGACCUGCUGAAUCCGAGACUGGCCUUUGCGGGCCAUUCGCAUCACUAUUGCCACAGCGUUAAUCGACUGGGCAUCAACGAGUACACGGUGGCGUCCUUCAGCUGGCGGAACAAGGUCAAUCCCAGCUUCAUGCUGGCCACUAUCACCCCCGAUGACUACGUGGUGGCCAAGUGCAAAAUGCUGCCGCAGCAGUUCGUCUUUAACAGCUACCUAAGUGCUGGCAUCCUCUGCCUUAUGGUCAUUGCGUUCCGGCUGCGCCAGUGCCUCGUGAGGGCCCAGAUCUCUCCAGAUCCGCGAAAGGACAACUAGUUAGUAGAGAAAAGUAUACCAAGUGCAUCCUCUUUUGUGAUUUACGCCUGAAUGGGGCAUAGUUUAGAGACUAGACACAGCCAGAUUAAAGAUUCCAGAACCAGAA